UUAAAUUGAUUAAUAUAUUUCAUGCUAUAUUAUCAAUGUGACAUAUGUCGUCACAAUAAUACCGAGAAGCGAAUAAUCUCUUCCCUCUCUUUUUCAUCUCCGUGAUAAGAUGCGUACUACAUGCAUACAUACGUUAUAACGUUUCGUGCCGUGUGCGACGGAGCAGCUUAUUUUUUGCGAUGGAUUCGUCGUCGACAUUUGUGUUACUACUGAUUACUCUGGUUAUCAUUGGCAUCUUGAAAAUUAUCACUGUGAUACAUCAUGCAUUUUUUUAUUGGAAGAAUAAAGGCCUACCUUACAUGCCAAAUUCAAUUUCAUCUUUUAUAAUGAACUGGAAAGUGUUUUUGGGUUACUGCAAUUUAGCCGAUUAUUGCCAAUAUUUGUACAAUUACUUCCCAGACGCAAAAUAUUUUGGAGGGGUGGAUUUUUUAACGCCUACUGUGCUUUUACGCGAUCCCGAGUUGAUUAGGGAAAUUACAGUAAAGGAUUUUGAACAUUUCACGGAUCAUCGUACUUUCAUAGAUGAAAACAUAGAACCAUUGUUUGGCAAGAAUAUUUUCGCCUUGCGCGGAGAUCGUUGGAAAGAAAUGAGAAAUAUACUCAGCCCUUCUUUCACCGCCAGCAAAAUGAAGUUUAUGUUCGAAUUGAUAUCGAAGUGUUCUCAUGAUUUUGUCGAUUAUUUGGUCGAUCAUCCAGAAGUAUGUCAUGCGAUCGAAACAAAGGGGGUCUUUCGGCGAUAUACAACCGAUGUAAUUGCUACGACAGCCUUUGGAAUAAGUGUAAAUUCUAUGAAAGAUCAAAACAAUGAGUUUUACCUGAGAGGAGUGGAGGCUGCCAAAUUUUCUACUGGAAUACUACAAACAAUCAAGUUCGUAUUUUUAAUGUCGUGCCCACGGCUUGCUACAGCACUUGGCGUGUCUUUUUUUCCGCCGUCUACGUUAAAAUUUUUCAUGAAGAGCGUAGGAGAAACCGUUAAAGCGCGAGAAGAGCAAGGUAUCGUCAGACCGGAUAUGAUCCAUUUGUUAAUGCAGGCUCGGGACAAGGAAAGUGCGCACAAGAUGACAUUGCUCGACAUUGUUUCUCAAGCUUUCGUCUUUUUCUUCGCCGGCUUUGAAACCUCAGCGACCUUGAUGUGUUUUGUCGCUCAUGAACUAGCAGUUCAUCAAGACAUUCAGGACCGUCUACGCGAGGAGAUACAGCAGCAUCUUACCGAAGAAAAUGAGGAAAUAUCGUAUGAGUCGCUGUCAAAGAUGACUUACAUGGACAUGGUGAUUUCCGAGGCACUCAGAAAGUAUCCACCUGUGGUCUUCCUCGAUAGACUUUGCACUAAGAAAUACGAACUGUCUCCAGCGCAACCAGGCUGCAAGAAUGUGAUCCUCGAACCUGACACUCUGUUGAUGUUUCCCGUUUAUGCUAUACAUCAUGACCCGAAGUAUUUUCCAAAUCCGAGUAAAUUUGAUCCCGAACGAUUCAGCGAGGAGAAUAAAAAUAACAUUUUACCAUAUACCUAUCUGCCAUUCGGUGAAGGACCCAGAAAGUGUAUCGGCAACCGAUUUGUUCUUAUGGAGACUAAGAUUUUAAUAGCUCAUCUUUUACAAAAGUUUACUUUGAAGACUACAGAAAAAACCGUCGAACCAAUCGUAUACAGUAAAGGGGAAUUUUUGUUGAAACCUGCUGGCGGAUUCUGGAUUAGUUUGGAGAGGAGAGGAACGUAAAAGUCUUGUACAAAAUACAUUGCUCCGCAAUAUAGAUAUAUUUGGAAUAACGUUAAUGCACUUUCAACUUUUAAACAUUUUAACCUUAAAAAAUAAAUUAAGCAAACAAUAAGAUUGUUUACAAUAUAUUAAUGUAUUACUAAUUACUUAUUGUUAUUUACAUGAUAAUAAUUUAAGACAAUGCUUAAAUCAAAUAUUCAAUAAUACUGAGUGGUAUUAAAUUAAUUAGUAAUUAUUACUUUUUUGGAGGGUUAAAAAUACUAACAACAGUGCCAGGAUGGUUUUAAAUUAGCCAGUAGUUAUUAUUUAUUUUAAGCAUCAAAAAUACUAAUAACAACUUAGUGCCUCUGUUUCAAAUGAGUAUUAAUUACUGGCCAAUUUAACACUGGUCAAUAUUAUAUUUUUGUAUAACUUUUAUUAGUUUAGAUAUUUUUAUAAUUAUUAUAAAAUUAAAUAUUUUACAUUAAUUUUGUGGAAAAUUUAAAUAAUAUUAUUAACAACACAAAAUAUUGUAUAUUAUGCAUAGCAUACGAUUCUUUACACAAUCAUAUUGUUUUAUCUAUAAUGUCUUUAAAAUUAUAACGUUUUAUAACAUGUCUAUAAAAUUUCUAAUAAAAUAAAGUCACUAUUUUGA